AUGGUUACAGAACUGGUACAGAAAUUUUCUGAGUUGGGAUUAGUAGAGCAGGGUCAGACUGAGCGGGGUAUUCUGUUAUCUAUGGUUGCCCAAUCACCCAUUGUAGAGAAGAUUAAAGAAGCUCAGGCUACCGAUCAGCAUCUACAGUUUUUGUGUAGCAGAAUUUCCCCAGAACAGCAGACAGGGUUUUCUUGUGAUGGAAAUGGAACUCUAUACUUCCGGGGGAGAUUGUGUGUUCCUGAGCUACCUUCUUUGAGGGAGGACCUACUUCAGGAGGCACACCGAUCCAGAUUUGCGAUUCAUCCUGGCGGUACACGUAUGUAUAGGGAUCUGAGACGUUCUUAUUGGUGGGCUGGCAUGAAGAAAGACAUCGCAGAUUUCGUUGCACGAUGCCUUGUAUGUCAGCAAGUGAAAGCUGAACAUCAGAGACCCGCUGGUUUACUCCAGAAGAUACAAAUACCAGAAUGGAAAUGGGAGCAUAUCACGAUGGAUUUCGUCGUGGGUCUACCCAGGACCCGACGAACACAUGAUACGAUUUGGGUGAUCGUUGAUCGAUUAACCAAAUCUGCUCAUUUCCUUCCGAUUCGUAGGACGGAGGCAUUAGAGCGAUUAGCAGAGUUGUACUGUAGAGAGAUUAUCAGGCUUCAUGGUGUAUCUCUCAGUAUUAUUUCAGAUAGAGAUCCGCGGUUUACUUUGCGAUUCUGGCAGAGUUUGCAGCAGGCUAUGGGUACAGAGCUACGAUUCAGUACCGCUCCCACAGACAGAUGUAUCCCCUACGAAAGGAGUAAAAGGUUUGGGUUGAAAGGUAAAUUGGCACCUCGCUACAUUGGACCCUUCCAGAUUCUCGAGAGGAUAGGUGAGGUGGCGUAUCGAGUGGCGCUACCACCAUCACUUACUGGGGUGCAUGAUUUAUUCCAUGUAUCUAUGUUGAGGAGAUAUGUACCGCACCCUUCGCAUAUUCUCACUGAUGUAUCAGUUGUACUUCAGCCGGAUAUAUCUUAUGAGGAGAUUCCAGUUCGGAUUUUGGACCGCAAAGAGCGCCGGUUGCGGAACAAGACAAUUCGACUGGUCAAGGUCAGAUGGCGGCAUCACUCAGAUGAAGAAGCCACCUAG